UUGACUUCUGUUGCUCUUUAGAAAACGACUUGGAAGAAAUUAAAAAUUAUACCUUUAAACGAAGAACAUGACAUUAUCAAUGCUGACUAUGGAUACGAACAAAGCUUUUAAAGCAGUUUGUGUUACAUAUUUUGCAACAUUUAUUUAUAUUUGUGACGGAUUAGUGUUUGAAACAGAUAAAAAUAUGUCAGGAAAUAACAUUGCGGAGUUAACAACAAAAUCCUUUACCCGGACAAAUGAAAUUGGGAAAAUUAAGACUGAAUCACCAGACUUCCAAUUUAAAUUUACGCCUCCGAUCGUGACUAGAUAUGGAUUGAAUUCGGAUGAGUGCAUUCGGAAAACAAGCUGCGAUGGUGUUAUUGAAUUGGAGGGAAGAACGUGUUUCUGUGACUCAUUGUGUCCCAUUUUUAAUGAUUGUUGUGAAAAUGUUGUAAAUACAACCAUCAUGAAAUCCAAAAAUGUUCCCGGUAUGCAUCAGUUUGAUUGUUUAAAGUUGACUUUAAGAAAUUUCAAAGUCAUUGAAAGCCACGUGGUGACAAAAUGCUCAUCGGAAUGGAAUGACACUUUUUCAAGAAAUCUCUGUGAAAACGUUAAAGAUGAUCCAAAUAUUGUUUUUAAAGUUCCUGUGAUAGACCGUAAGAACUUUAUUUAUCGGAAUAUGUACUGUGCAUAUUGUAAUUUUCAGUUUGAUUUUGAUUUUUGGAUUGUAGAGGAAAGAUGCCCAUCUCAAAAUGACAACUCUCAGUGCAAAUUAUUCUACGAUCCUCCAGUGAAUCAUUCUUUACCUACAUCAUGUAGAACGUUUGACUUUGUCUCCACCUGUUCUUUGGUUGGAAAUAGCACCGAAGAAAACAGUCAGUGUGAGUUAAGCCCGACCAAUAUUGUGUAUACUUUUACGUCAGGCGGUGAGUUUACUAAGUACAAAAAUAAGUACUGUGCUCUGUGUAAUAAUGAGGAUGAAGACUUGCUGCUGUGCAACACAGGGAUAUAUGAAGGCGAUGGACCCAUCGUUUUUCAUCCUCCAGGCUACAGUUUUCGUGUCCUAGUUGAUUUAAACACAAUGGGAAACGGAAACGCGAUUGAAUUUCAUUGCAAGAAUGAUCAAAUAUAUGACCCAAUAUCUAAAAAUUGUAGAAAAAUAUUUUGUCCUCCAACAACAAUAAUCAUCAAUGGGCGAUGUAUACCGGAAGUGCGUACAUUAAAACAGGAGACUGACGAAAAUACAACAAGCUGCGCUUUCAUAAAAUUAAAAUCAAAUGAAUGGAGUUCUGAAAACGAAACAGGGAUUUACGUGCCAGCAUUGGAUAAAGUAUUCAACUCAUCUAUGUUUUAUUUCAACGGAACAGACGUCUACCUUUGUGCAGACAUGUUUGAAAACCAGCCGGGGUCCACGGACAUCUUUACCUUUAAUUCUGCAGAGAGUUAUGUGACGAUCUGUGGAUUAAUUUUCUCUAUCUCAGCAUUAACGGUUACUUUAAUAAUAUACUGUAUGUUUAUAGAACUUCGUAACAUUCCGGGGAAAAUAUUAAUAUGUUUGAUUAUCUCGCUUUUAUCAGCGCAAACGUCAUUUCUUUUUAUCAGCCAUGCUGCAGGUUAUUCAAUUACGUGCAAGUCUUUGGCAAUAAUAGUUCACUAUUUUUACACUUCAUCAUUCACAUGGAUGAACGUGAUCGCUUUCGACUUAUUGCUUACGUUUUCUAGAUCAUUUAUUGUUACUGGAGGAAAUAAAACAUCAAAGAGGUUUUUUCUCUACAAUGUUUAUGGAUGGCUACUACCAAUGAUAAUUGUUGCCACAGCUGUUGGUAUAGACGAGUCAAGUUUUGAUACACUUAGCGAGUUUAGACCCGGAUAUGGACAAGGAAUAUGUUGGAUAACAUCGACGAAAGCCUUAAUGCUCUUUUUUAUCGGACCACUUGCUUUCUUUAAGUUGAUUGAUAUAAUAGGAUUCAUUUUCACUUCUUGCUUUAUAGCCAGAGCUCGACAGCAAGGAUCAAGGGCAAACAAUAAUGGAAAGCUUUGUUCUUUUUUCUUGUAUAUCAAAUUGUCUGCUGUGAUGGGACUGACAUGGGUUUUUGCUUUUCUGGCAACGUUUACCAAUAACACUGUAAUAUGGUACAUGUUUAUUAUAUUCAACACACUCCAAGGCGUUUUUAUAGCUGCAAGUUUCUUGUGCAGUAGAAAGGUCUUCAAGUUGGUUCGAAACAAAAUUUCGAAAGGAAAACAUGCGCCGUUAACAACGACUCUGUCUACGUCAAGGGGAUGAACAUGUUUUUAUAUUCUUAUGUUUAUGAAUGACGUCUAUGUGCAGACUGGAGCUGGUUCUCGAGAACCGUGUUGUAUUCAGACAAAUAUAAUAGAAUUUCUCAUCCAGUCAUUUAGCCUCACAAGAUGUCAAUGUUUUUUUUUGCAUUUAAUUAUGUUCAUAUUAAAUGUGUUUUGACAUUUUAUGUUGAUAUCAAAUGUGUUUAACAUUAAUGUAUGGAAAUCAACUAUUUGCGAUAGCCCUACACCAGUGACUCACGAGACAUGUGUAUGAUCAUUAGCAAUCAGGGAUACAAAAAUGAUUAAAGUUCUAACUGUAUAAUCACAUUCAAAUUGUGAAUUAAUGAAUUCAAGUUAAAAACGACAUUUUGUAAAAUCAUCCUUUUAAAGAAAUUUGUUUCCAGACUUUAAAGAAUGUUUUAUCUUGCAACAACACGACAAACACGUGUUGUAUUUUAUGUAAAUCUGGUUUUAAAUUUAAUAAUGUACAUUUUAGAUAAUAAAAAAUUGAAAUAGA